CACUUCUUUCUUUCAAACCGCUAGUCAAUUUUUAGAAUGUUGUUGUGGACGCUGAUUACCGCUUCCCUUUUUGGCUUGACGUUGGCCAAUCCUUGUGCAGAUUUGAGCGAACAAGGAGCUCUUGAUGAGUGCUAUAUGCGAAGCGCUUUGGACCUUGCUCUUGAAAGAAACCCACGAGCCCCUUUCGGAACUGUCAUUGUUGAUCAUACCACUAAUAAAAUUUCAUGCUAUGGUGUUAAUAGCAACUAUCACAAUAUCUUGAUGCAUGGUAAAAUCACAAUAUGAAGCAAAAAACAUGGGUUGGUAAAAGAAAAAAAAAGGUAUUGACAGCAGUGUAAAUUAGGUGAAACGGCUGCUUUUUGGAAGUAUGUAAAAACAAAAAAGGCCAGAAAAUGAUCGGUGAACUUACAGACUUGGUCAUAGUUGCACCGACUUGAAUCCAUCUCCGACUGGAAAUGAUCUUUCUAACCCCGGGUUAGAUUGGACUCGACAAACAUUGUAUACGACUGGUCAACCGGUAAGUAAACUAGGAUGGAUAACUGUUUUCUGUUUGGGAAAACAGAUCGAGAGAUUGAAAAAAAAGAAGGGGGUCAGAAAAAAUAGGUUGAGAAUUAGUUUUGUUUCUAUUCGAAUAUACCUAUGCCCAUCGCCCUUUUCUACAUUUAGUGUCCCGCAUGCUCUGCACAUA